CCGCUUACACGUUCCCAUAAUUCUGCGCGGUGGGUGCGCUCUCUUCUCGCGUCAUUUCCGGCUCAUUCCGGUUUCGCCGAGAUGGUUCCCCCGGUGCAGGUGUCGCCGCUCAUCAAGCUCACCAGGUACUCAGCCCUGCUGGUGGGGAUGCUCUACGGGAAGAAGCGGUAUGACUACUUAAAGCCUGUUGCUGAAGAGGAAAGAAGAAUAGAAAGUGAAGAGAAAAAGAAGCGUGAAGAAUUGGAACGAGUUGCGAAAGAACUGGCAGAAGCCAGUGAAGAGUCUAUACUGAAAUGAACAAAUUGCAUUGGACGUCAUUUUCAUCUUCAGCAAAAUCUGAAUCCUUGAAUUAGCUAUGUUAAGUUCAUUUAAGCACUAUAUUUACUGUUUCCAUCAAUAAAUACUUGUGAACAGUA